CGUCAGGCUGAAAAUCAGUUACAGGUGUUAAUAGUUCAGGCUGUAACUCACAUGGCCGCGCGUCCCUGAGUGUUUUGAGGUUUGGACCGUGUUUGUUGGACUGUUCGCGGACUUGUUGAUGGAUGUCCGGGAGACCCCAGCCAGCAGCCUCUUGUUGAGGCGGAUUCGCGCUUCGCUGUCAUCACCUUAUUUCCCUCCUUCUCUUCCUCCUCCUCCUCUUCCUCUCAUAAUGAUUUAAAGUUGCGGGCUUUGAUCCGCCUGAUUGAUGACUUUGGUCCAGCCAAUAGCGCCGUCACAUUAUCGGGACGGUGACAGCCUUGUGCCGCGUGCGCGCACACACAUAAAGUGAAAGAGGAGAAGAAACCACAGGGAUCCCCACAUGGGAGCAGCACUGCUGUCAGAGCCGCUUUUAUCUGAGAGAAUCUGCCAAAUCAUUCUUUGGAAACGCUCUCAUGGCUUCAAACGCAGACUUAUAAACCCACGGAGCUAAAAACAGAAAACCAACGCAAUCACUGGCAAAUAUAAGUGGACCACUUUAAAAAAGAAAAACACGGCAGGACAGUGGGAGGGUUGUAUGGGGGCCAGAUCCCUAUCCAAGACAUCUUGCAUCUCUUCAGUCCACAGACUUCCUUCCACCCCUCCUUCUGUUUCCUCCCACUCUGCCUUUCUCCCAUUCUCCAUCUUUCUCUCUCAUGGGAGUGACAUAGAGGCUGUCGCCUGGUCUUCUGCCCCACCCCUUUUCUGCAUCCCUGUGGGAACGGGGACAUCCAGGUAGUGAUGUCGUGGAAGAGGAACUACUUUGCCUCUGGCGGCGGAGCGGCUGGCGGGAUGCAGGGGCUGGUGACCCCGAGAACCAUGACCUCCAUCGCGCCGAGCAAAGGCCUGAGCAACGAGCCGGGACAGAACAGCUGCUUCCUCAACAGUGCUCUGCAGGUCUUGUGGCAUCUUGACAUCUUUAGGAGAAGCUUUCGGCAGCUGACCACUCACAAGUGCAUGGAGGACUCAUGUAUCUUCUGCGCUCUAAAGAGUAUCUUUGCUCAGUUCCAGUUCAGCAGCGAGCGCGUUCUGCCGUCAGACGCACUGCGGAGCGCGCUGGCCAAGACUUUCCAAGACGAGCAGAGGUUUCAGCUGGGCAUUAUGGACGAUGCUGCCGAGUGCUUUGAGAAUCUGCUGAUGCGUAUCCACUUCCACAUCAGCGCGGAGAGCAGAGAGGACAUCUGCACAGCCAAACACUGCAUACCACACCAGAAGUUUGCUAUGACUUUGUUUGAACAAUGUGUGUGCAGCAGCUGUGGAGCCUCUUCGGACCCCCUGCCCUUCAUUCAGAUGGUUCAUUACAUCUCCACCACGUCCCUCUGUAACCAGGCGGUGAGGAUGCUGGAGUGCAGAGAGAAACCAACACCGGACAUGUUUGGAGAGCUGCUCCGCAACGCUAGCAACAUGGGAGACCUCCGCAACUGCCCUAGUAACUGUGGGGAGGUGCUGCGUAUCCGCCGGGUUCUGAUGAACUCACCAGAGAUCGUGUCCAUCGGGCUGGUGUGGGACUCGGACCACUCUGACCUAGCAGAGGACGUCAUCCACAGCCUGGGAACCUGCCUGCGUCUGGGAGAUUUGUUCUACCGUGUGACAGAGGAAAGGGCUCGCCAGGCGGAGCUCUACUUGGUGGGCAUGGUGUGCUACUACGGCAAGCACUACUCCACCUUCUUCUUCCAGACCAAGAUACGCAAGUGGAUGUACUUUGACGACGCCCACGUCAAAGAGAUUGGCCCAAAGUGGAAGGACGUAGUGUCUCGCUGUAUUAAAGGCCACUACCAGCCCCUGCUGCUGCUCUAUGCUGACCCCCGUGGGACGCCGGUGAUACUGCAGGAGAGCCCCAACCCUUGUACUGGCUCCAACCCGCAGCUGGAGCUCCAGCACUGCAGCAGCAAGGCUGGUUACGACAGUGAGGACUCAGGUCGGGAGCCAUCGAUAUCCAGCGACACGCGCACCGACUCGUCAACGGACAGCUCGAGCCACCGCACGUCCCGCAACCGACCCCUGCACCAGUCCACGGGCAGCCGGCUCUCCAGCGAAUCCCAGACCACAGUGGUCUGUAACUACGACUCGCCGCCGCUCGGUGCUGACGCUGGAGAGUCAGCAGUGGAGGCUCCAACCUGCAACCCCUCUCCUCCCCUGCAGGAGACGGCAGUCUUCCUCCUGUCUUCACGCAGGCCCCUCACCUCCUCCUCCUCAUCCUCUCGCCCCCUUUCCUCCUCGUCUUCUUCGGGAGUCGGGGGCUGUGAGGGCGGGGCUGGGGGGCCCCACUGGGAGGAUGAAAGCACGAGCAGUGAGAGCAAAUCCAGUUCCUCUGGAAGCCGCUACCGGCCAACCUGGAGGCCCAGGAGAGAGGCCCUGAACAUCGACAGCAUUUUCACCCGACAAAGAGACUCCCAGCUGGGCUACGGUGCUGCACCUGGCCCGUCUCUCUCCGCUGAGCCCCAGCAGCCUCUCCCCUUUGUGGGAGCUGCCACACAACCUGGACUGGAGGACGGGGAACGGAGGGAGACCGGGGAGGUCGGGUUUGGGCUGGUUGGGCAGCCCAGGUCUUUAAGCGGUGGGCGGACUAUGGGUCCUCCUGCUCCUCCACCUCUGAGAGGGGUGGAGCACCAGCCACGUCUGAUCCAGAGAAUGGAGAGUGGCUACGAAAGCAGCGAGAGGAACAGCAGCAGUCCUGACAGGGAGGUGGGGCAACAAAAACGGGUGCUGAUGUCUGGACCUUCAUGGCGAUCAGUGCCCAAGUCAAAAAGCAGUGGUGCUAUUAUGCAGGAGCUGCCACAUCCCUGCUGGGUCAGCAGUUCUGACACAGGCUCUGGACGCAGUGAGCUGGAUGAGCUGCAGGAGGAGGUGGCGAGGAGAGCCCGCCAGCAGGAGCAGCAGAAGCGGAAGGAGGCGGAGCGGGAAGCGGCCAAGGGGUUCAACCCCAGACCUAGCAAGUUCAUGGACCUGGACCAGCUCCAACACCAGGCUGUGCUCAGACCCCUGCAUGAGGCUAACGCUCAUAGUGGAUUGGCUGUAGCUGCGUGCAUGAGGAGCACUGGGGGCCCAAUCAAACGCAGGCAGGAACACGAAAUGGAACGGGACACGGGAAACGCCCAUCCACAGGGGCCUAGCAGUGAACAGUCUGGCUCGAUCCAAGUACUGCUGACACCCAAUCAGGAGGAGGAAGAGGAUGAGUCGACGAGCAGCAGGGCCGGUCCUCAGGGUCAGAACCCGCCCCCGCCUCCUCCGCCUUACCGCCCCGCUCCCCCUCGACCCACGCUCACCCUCAGCAUCAGUCACCCCUGCAGCCCGUCCGUUCAGGGUGAGGAGGAGGAGGGCAGGUGCGCUGGUGAGGAAGGUGAGGAUGGGAGUGAGGGGACGGGGGUGAGGCUGUGCGAGUUACUGCAGGCCGGGGGAGUGAGUGUCCGACCCCUGGGGAAGCACUUAGCCAUCUCUCUACCCUCACUUCCUCUUCGUCUCUGGGAUACACACACCGCACACGCCUCACACUCCACACACAACCCCCCGUCGCCCCCUCCGGAAACUUGUGGGCAGAGGAAACCCCUCACCCCGCUCUGGCAGCCGCCCAGCCCACAUUGCCCCGACGGAGGGUGGCAGCAGCACGCGGUCCUCGCCGAUGGAAGCACUCGUCACUGGUCCUCCUGGAGCCUGGACCGCCCAGACGCCGUGGUUACACCAUAUGACACGCCCCCGGACCGGUGCUUUCCCAUCAGGCCGCAGAACCCCGGUCCGAGCUGCAGCUACAGUUGUCAGUCUUCUCCAGGGCACUACAGCUCCCAGCAUGCCCCGGGGCAGCACAGCGAUCUCUGCUGUGACCGUGAAGAGGCUGAGCUGUCCGAGCUGGACUCCCUUUACCAGGCCAGUCUGCAGGCUGGACGAUCAGGCUGCAGCCCAUCUGAGAGGCUGAUAUCCAGGAUGGGAGGGCAGACGCGCUCCAAGACCCCCAACGCAGACAUGGAGAGGAGUGUGUACGGGGCGGACAGCACCAGCACCCCCACCUACCUCAACAAGCCAGUGAUGUUGCGGGAUUCACAUUUGGGGGCGGAGCCUGACGAUGGGGAGAACCAGAGGCGAAUCGGACGCAGCCUGAGCGGCACGGUACUGACCUCCCGCCGCAGCCGCCUCACUACAACCCGCAGCUUUGAGCUGUCGGGCAGCACUGGGAGUUUCUGGCUGUGUCUGACGGGGGUCAAGCUGUCCUCGGACCAGAGUCCCGCCCUGCUCCACUGAUAUCCGCCCCCGCCUUCCUCUGAAACCUCCCCACGGCGCAGCGGUGUCGAGGUCCCAGGCGGCGUCGCCUCGACUGACCUAUGAUCGGCUCAGGACCAUCGUCUCAACGGCCGUCCUGCUCCAGCACCUUCUCCUUCGAAACAAACACAUGCACGCACACAUCUGCACUGACGUCGAGCCUCCCUCCGCGCCUGAAGCUCCCCACUUUACUUGCCUUCCCUCCCUACUUACUCUGUCUAUGCAGUCACUCUGACCCCUUAAACUACAACCUCCCUUUCUUUCCCAGGACUAUUUCUCGUCUCCCUGCGGGUUUUUUUAGGAGGAUUCUCGCUGUCCGACUCGGACAAACUGGUCCUCCGCCCCAACAGGACCUUUCAGCUCAAUGGGAGACUCUAACAAAGUAGCCACGCCUCUUCCUCUUUCUUCAUGGGCAUUUUCCCGUCGGACGCACAUGUAGCUGAACUGACAGCCAUAUUUUUGCUCUCGUUUUCUUGCUGGGUUUCCUUGAGGUUUUUGUUUUCCCUCCAGAGACUGAACUCUGAUAACUAAACGUGUACAGAAAAACACAUGUAUGAAACCUGUAUGUUAAUUAAUAAGACCUUAUGGAAUGUUGAUAAUUAACAAAUAUUGAUAAACUAAAAGUGGUACUUCCUCAUGUCUGCAUUUCAAAUAGCAGUGGAGUGCACUUCACAAGUGUCUAGCUGGAGUUUCCGCCCCUAAAAUACUCCCAAAACUCCUCCCCGUUUCCCUCACCCAAAAAGAAACUGCUUGCUGACUUAAUGACGGCUCUCCCGCUUAUACUGGGAGAUUUAACGAGAAAAGCAUUUCCUGUACUUUGGUCUUUGCUUUCUUUUGCUUUUCUUUGUUCUGAAAGGGAAGCAGUAGCACCACAACCGAGGAUAGUCGAGAAAAGAAGACAAGAGAGAGAAAGAGAGGAAUAUAGGUUAGGAAACCUGCCUCUUACAGGCUUUUUAUCAAUGAACGCGGAUGAUUCAAGUGCACUUUGCAGGGAAGAAGUGCACAUUUAAUCGAAGGCUGAUGGGGAGAGAGAGAGAAGUCCUUUUGGUUUUGUUCUACUUCAAGGCCUCAGGUGAACUUCAGUGGCACUUAUAAAUUCCCACUUUUAUGAUUUCUGACGCUGGUUUCGAGACCCAGAUGGGAGCAAAAACGGCACAUCUUCAGCCUGAUACAGUUAACGUGUCUGAUAGAGUAUGCUUUAUAUGAUAAAUAUGUAUUAGAGGUAUAUUUUCAGCCAGUGAGCUAUCUUCUUCAGAGAUGUCAACCAUUACUCUGUGGUGUGAACAUUGAAAUCCUUUCCCUCACAAAUGAGUAGCAUUCUGACAUGUGUAGUCAGUUUAUUAUAUACUUUAUCAUAUAUAUAUAUAUAUAUAUAUAUAUAUAUAUAUAUAUAUAUAUAUAUAUAUAUAUAUAUAUAUAUAUAUAUAUAUAUAUACACAACUGGCCAAUGUAAAGUUUUGCAAGAAUUUCCUGACAUUGAUUGAUCGUUGUAACAAAAACCAAAGGUUGGCACUUAGCUUGUUGUGUUUCAUUGUUCAUUUAGGUUGUUGUUGAUUGUUAUUUUUGUUUGGGUUGUGGAUGUGGGAGAAUGUAGCCAAUUGUAGCGCAUGAGUCCGCUAUGCAAAUCAACCUUCCCUCACAGUCCUGUCAAGAGACAGUCAGGAAGUAGACCCACCCGCCCACAAGGGGGCGCCCACACGGACAAAGACGACGAUUAGGAGAACUCGUGUUUUAAUGCUGCUGGUGAUCUUUGUUGUUCCGCGUCGACAUGCUAACGUGUUAGCUGAUGGGAUGCAACGAGUGGACAGAGGAGAUGAAAGCGAAUGAAUGUAAACUGACAUGUGUGUUUCUGAGUGACGGCUGGAGGCAGAAGAAGAGUGGACAGCCGCUGGAGGUGGGUUUUUACGUGGGUAUAUGUAGACUGAGCGUGUGUCAGUGUUGAUCGGGGAAAGAGGGAUCCUGUAUUUUUGCAAUAAAGUUAUUACCAAUGCCCUCCCGUAGGGGGCGUAACCACC